AUGGCGGACGCCGACGCCAAGCCCCCGUCCCCCGAUGCCGCGGCGUCCCCGGUUCCCUCGAUCUCCCCCUCCUCCGUACGCGCCGGGGACGCGGCCGACGCAGACGCGAUCGAGAAGCAGCUCGCCGGCCUGGGCAUCGCCGUCGCCGGCAACGGGGGCGGGUUCCCCGAGCCAUCGGGCUGGGACGAUGGCCCCGUACCAGUCCCCAUCACAGCCGCCGUCCUUGUCGGCGGUGAUGAGGGUGCCGACGAGAAGGCGCCGGCGCCGACGGGGGCAGUGGAUGUGAAGGUGCGGUUCCCGCGCCGGCCCGGAGAGCCGGACUGCAGCUACUACCUCAAGUUUGGCACCUGCCGCUUCGGGAUCAAGUGCAAGUUCAACCACCCUGCGAGGAAGAAGAAGAGUAGUAGGGUGAGAGGCAGUGGGAGCAACAGCAGCAGCAAUAAAGCGUCGUCUCCUGAUGAUGAUCAGGCUCCUAGAGAAGAAUACGAAGGCCUUGUUCCAUACAUUUCGGAUUCCAUGGGCUUUGAUGACAAGGGGAGCUUAUCUAGCUCAGAAAAUCAUAGGAAGAUGUCAUAUGAAGUUAUUGAUAUGAAAAGGGGGAAACUAGAGCCAAAGGAAAAGAUUUGUGAAGAACCUGAAAAGGGAAUUUAUUUUAUGAAGUUAGACGAGACAAAUGUCACAACCCAAAAGGGUGCUAAAGAUAAAAGAAAGGAAACCUUUGCAGAAGGCAAUGCUCAGGAGGAAUGCAAGUAUUAUUCAACACCUGGAGGAUGCAAAUUCGGUAAAGCUUGCAAAUACCUCCACCGUGAGGGAAAAGAAGGGAAAACAGAGGUUGAAAAAGCUGAGCUGAACUUUCUAGGUCUUCCACUGCGACCAGCACAAAUUAACAUGAAACUGAAAGCUUUGGAUGCACUUAUCAACUCAGUUUACCUUUCUCCAGCACCGUCAUACGGUGGAGGGAUGGUUCCACCUCAAGGAAUGUAUCCAUCUCCUGAUUGGAGUGGGUAUCAUCAGGUACCUUUGAAUCCAUAUUACCCUCCUGGUGUCCCUUUUCCGCAUUUUCCAGCCGCCCAUAUGAAUCACCUGAUGUACAAGGCUGCAGAUAUACCAGGAAAUCAACCACCACCUUCUGACGAGUAUCCCGAGAGACCUGGCCAACCUGAAUGCCAGCAUUUUAUUAAGAGCGGUUUCUGUAAAUACAGGAUGAAAUGCAGAUUUCACCAUCCAAGGUCGCGCCAGUCUGCACCACUAACAGGUCUUAGCCCCAUCGGUUCGCCUAUCAAACCUGAUCAACCUGUGUGCACGUAUUAUGGCCGCUAUGGUUUUUGCAAGUAUGGGCCAGCUUGCAUGUUCAACCACCCCUUCAACUUCGGCCCUCCCGUGCCGGCAGCAGGACCAGCCCUCCCCGGGCAAUACACUACACCUGGAAACUUCAUUGUCUAG